GUCAUUUCUUUAGUGCUAGCUUUUUCCCUAGUAUUAGUUUUGUUGAUACUUUAGAAUUUUAAGAUUCAGUGGUGAUCACUGCUGCCUCUUAGUCUCACAGAUCUUUGUUCCAACAUUCGAUCAUUUACCAUAUUUAUGUGGGGUCUGCAUGCAUUACCUGUUUGCUUAACUUUUCAACCAAUGUACAAAAUGCAUGUCAAGGACUAAUCGCUAAGCGUAAAAUUGACUUUGGAAGGGAGUGUUAAGGUUGAUUCCCUCGCUGUAUUUUCCUCUCUAUAUUCAAUAUUUACAGGCUUUAGCACUAUGUGAUCUUGUAUUAGAGUAAGUAUCUUCAAAAUGGACUAGGGUGGCACUUUAGAUUACAGUAGUGAGCAUUGUCACCUUAUUAAUUCAGCACACUCAAAUCCUGUGCCUGGUCAAAACACUGUAACUUUCAGGUUAGAAACACUUGUGGUCAUUCAGUUCCUUAAGAAAAUACUUAAAUUGCCAUUUUAUGUACCGUGCACUUUUGGUUUUGUGAUUGUCAUGUUGUAAGUGCAUAUAUUUUUUCAGAAUAGGGGAUUUCCCAGAAUAAGUGUACUUUUUUUGUAACAUCUGUUGACUUUCAGUUUAUAUUGCAUUUGUCUCCAUUCACCUUGCAAAUGGACAUUUCUAAACUGAAUAGAAAUACUCUUGUUUACAAUUCAACUGAUCAAACAGUUUAGGAAGCAGCUAAAUUAAUCUCCAAUUCAAUUGGAUGUAAUACCUUUGCAUAAGAGCUUUUGAUCAAAAUUGUUUGACCGUGGGGAAGAUGAACUCCUACUACUGGGGAUGCAAGUUUAGAUAUCAUCAAAAUGGCCUGCGCAGCAGACAGCUGCAUCCAGUUCACACGACAUGCAAGUGAUGUGCUACUCAACCUAAACCGCCUCCGCAGCCGUGAUAUCUUGACUGAUGUAACCAUCGUGGUAAACAGACAGCAGUUUCGUGCUCACAAAACUGUCCUCAUGGCUUGCAGUGGCCUGUUCUACAGUAUCUUUACUGACCCACUCAAGUGCAGUCUUGGUGCAAUUACAUUGGACCCAAAGGUGGAUUCAGACGGCUUUGCAAUACUUUUGGACUUCAUGUAUACCUCACGUCUCACCAUACGUGAAAGCUUGAUCUUAGCCAUCAUGAACACUGCUGUCUACCUACAGAUGGACCAUGUGGUUGACACCUGUCACCGCUUCAUUAAAUCCAGUGAUGAUCGACACUGUCCUAAGAUGUCCAGAGGAGAUUUUCUUGCCAAUCCUAUGCUGAUGCAUCAGGAUAUUCAUCCAUUCCGUUCAUCGGACCUUUUAGAGACUAUGCCUCCCAAUAGUUCUCCUUUUCGUGAAGAGCGAUCAUAUGGCCCUGGCAUGUAUGCUGCUCCUAAUAAUCCUUACCCUUUGUACAACCAUGUGCCAGUCCAGAGGUUUCCUCUUCCACUUGGCAAAAUUACAGACAGCAAAAUGUCCUUUGCAGACUAUCCCAGAGGAGGCGGCAGUGGAAGUGUUCUCCACAAACACUUUUCUGCUCCUGAAAACACUAAUAUGAUGGCAGCAGACUAUAGUCGCACAUUUUCUAAUGUUGGAACAAAUUCUUGUCACACCAUUGCAUGCUCCAGAGAUGUAGAUGAAGAUGAAGAGGUGAGAAGAGAGAGCCAUUUCACAAUUCCACAGAGUCCAAAACCUGUGAGCCCCCAUUCCAGGAACCCUAGCUUUUCAGUAAUUGGGCGUGAGCAGAUGGAGGGCAGUGGAAAUGGCUCAGCAGGGGACGCAAUGGACCUCCAGCUACAUUCUUCUCAUCAUGAAUCUCCUGGAAGUUGCAAAGGGCUUCUGAACAGCCCACAAAGCCCACAGAAAUCAGACUGCCAGCCUAAUUCUCCCACAGAGUCCAGCAGCAGCAAGAAUGCCUCUUUCUCCCACUCUCUUGCCUCUUCCUCCCAGUGUUCCCCUGACCCAAAGGCACGCAACUGGAAAAAGUAUAAGUUUAUUGUCCUUAAUUCUGCCAAUCAGAGUUCCAAAGAAGACAGCUGUGCUUCUCGAGAUACAGAAUCUCACUCCCCACUUAGAAACAUGUCUCCACCUUUCCUUCCAUCUGAAGAACAGGAUCAGCUGGACCUUCAGAUGCCUCCCAAACCAAGUGAGCAUGCUGAAGACCUUCCUUCCUCCCAGGGGAGUCGACUCAACAAUAUUGUGAGCAGAUCAAUGGAAGGGUCCCCUCGGAGUAAUGACAGCCACUCUUCCCUCUAUGUGAACCACUUAAAAUGCACUUCUUGUGGCUCACAUUCACCUCAGCACUCUGAAAUCUGCCCCAACACUCCUGGCUCUCACUUUGGAGAAGAAAUGACUGAGAUUCACUCGGAAUUCUCUGACUCCAGUUGUGAAAAUGGUACCUAUUUCUGCAACGAAUGUGAUUCCAAAUUUGCGGAGGAAGAUGCAUUAAAAAGGCACACUCUUCAAGUGCACAGUGACAAGCCAUAUAAGUGUGACCGAUGCCAGGCUGCCUUCCGCUACAAAGGAAAUCUUGCCAGUCACAAAACUGUCCACACAGGAGAAAAGCCCUACCGGUGCAACAUCUGUGGAGCACAGUUCAACAGACCAGCUAAUCUUAAGACUCAUACUCGAAUUCAUUCGGGAGAAAAGCCAUACAAAUGUGAGACAUGUGGCGCUCGAUUUGUGCAGGUAGCUCAUCUUCGGGCACAUGUACUCAUUCACACGGGAGAGAAGCCUUACCCAUGUGAGAUCUGUGGGACCCGCUUCAGACACCUGCAAACUUUGAAGAGCCAUCUGCGUAUUCACACUGGGGAGAAGCCCUAUCAUUGUGAAAAGUGCAAUUUGCAUUUUAGACACAAGAGUCAACUAAGACUGCACUUAAGACAAAAACAUGGCGCCAUCACCAACACAAAGGUCCAGUACAGGCUGUCCAAUGCAGAGAUGUCCACUGCUGUGUCCAAGCCAUGCUGAAGAGUAUGGAGACUCCAGCUUUUUAUAUUAUAAUAUAUUUUUUAAAACGUAUGUGCCUCACUCUUGUGUACAUGGACCACAGACGGGUUCCUCCAGAUGUGAAACUAAAGCAGACUAUGCUUUGUCUCUUGUCUUUGCCACUUUAUUGUCUCUGUUUACAGAGGUUGUUUGGUUUUUUUUUUUUAAUAUAUAAA